AUGGUUUUAUAUCUUUCAACUGACAGGCUUAUAAAAGAACUGGCUGACAGACAACCAGACAGUCGGCAACCUUCGGCCAUCACAACUUUUGUCUCGCUUGCCUCUUCCCUUGCCAGCUCCACGCAGGCUCUCUGCUCGAAUGAGAACACUAGUUUGCCUGGAGCUACGGUACCGAUUGAUCGGUGGCUACAGGUCCGUCCUACCGGUGAAGGCUCGAGUCUCGCACCCUCGAGGUCGCAGCUGGUCUGGGCCGUCGAGACAGACACCACGACAACCACCCUGCCAGCGACCUCCGGCUCCUCCGGCCUCACCACAUGCCGUUGUGGAGCUCCGGUUGACGCCCUGCAUCUGCCGCCGGACUUGUUUUUGCGUCUGGCCGAGGGCAUUGCCAACGGGCUGGCCCAUCUGGCUCGACAUGGCAUUAUUCACCGCGAUUUGGCGUCGCGAAAUGUCCUCUUGGACGCUGAGCUGACGCCUAAAAUAUGCGAUUUAGGCCUAUCCGUGCAGACGCGAAGCUGCCGAAGCCGGCAAUCGCAGAAAAUCGGCCAGAAUCAGAUACGAGACGGCUUGCAGUCAGUUGGCGGCGGCCUCGAACCAGCGGUCGGUUGUGACGACCCGAAAGCUGGCAAGGCCGAGGGGUUCGGAGGACAAGAAAAGGGAAAUCUGACAAAAAAUGAGGAAAAGGAAAAGGAGGAGGAGGAGGAGGAGGAGGAGGAGGAGGAAGGAGAAGAGGAGAGUGAAGAAAAAGGGGAUGGCGAGGCGGCAGGCUAUGCUUUUUACUACAGAAUCCUGACGGCCAACAAGGAGCUGCCUUUUAGAAUCCUUCCACCCGAGGCGCUGCACGAGGGCCGUUUCCUGCCCGCCUCCGACGUCUGGCAGUUCGGACUUCUCGUCUGGCAGAUGCAUCAAUUGGACACUCAAUUUGCCUUCGGUCAAGUCGGCGAUUUGGACGCUCUCAAGCGGCUACUUGCAACGGCGACGGCAUCGGCGAAUUCGCCUGGCACCAGCAACGGCGACGGCGACGGCAACGGCAACGGCGAGGGUGAAGGUGAUGGUGACGUUGAACGUUGGUUG